AAAGAGAAAAGGGAAAAACUCUUGCGCCUCCUCCUCACGUGCCACGCCCUAAUCUCCCAGGCAGCCGCGGAGCCGCCUCACGCUUCUCGCCAUGGCCGCUCUCCGGCCAUGUCCCCCUCGCAUUAUCACCUCUCCUUCUUCCUCCAAACUGAGCAGAUGGCAGCCUCGAAGUAUCCUGCCGCUGCACAGGACUAGCAGUAGGACUGUACUCAGGAUCAGCCACGGGAUCUGCGCUUGCAACGGCGGGGCCGAUCAGCCCGUCGAUCCGGACCCGUUAGAGCGCUUCCUGAUGCGCCUGCCUGCGGAACAAAAAAAAAGAUGGCAGGAAAUAAUUCAAUUCUCCAAGGGGCCACCGGAUAUGGCGUUUGGUGAAGAGGUUGACCUGAUUUUUAAUUACAAGAUGAAGAUUACUAAUCCGAGCGUUUUGUAUGCUGAAGGAACAUUUUUGUCACGGAGACUCUGCCGGAUGGCUCAAGAGGCGUCGGCGAUUGCUUCCAGUGUGGUGAAAUGUGCGGGUGUGAGAAUUGGUACAGGAAACGAAAUUUCGGUGGACACGACAACGCAGAUUCUCCGGACAUACGUGGGAGUCUUUGUUAGCAUAGCUGAGGAGAUCCACCAUAAGAGGGUUCAAACGAGGACCAUCGUCUCCUUUCUUGAUGCUCUUCAAGGUGUGGCGUCGGUAAGCCACAUCUUAGUUCAAGAUACCGUGGCGAACCGUGCUCUCAUCGACAGUAAAGAUACUUCAACAUAUUACGAGAUAGACGCCUCUGAUUUAGAAAGAGCCCACCGUGAGUAUCAGCUGCAAAUGAACGAUCUGAAAGAUAAACUCACGACGGCUACUAGCGCGCUCGGCGUAUGCCAGCUUCUGAGGCAUACACUGCAUGAUGCGUUCAAGCUGACACAAAAAAUCGUCGGAACAAUGGUUGCUAGCCGCGAAAUGGUAAUCCGAGGUGGUCCCCGGUAGAUGAUGAUAAUAGCAGGCUAAUAAAUAAGAACCCGACGAGCUUGAUGAGAGAUGCAUUUGGAAUCAUGUUUCUCAACAGCCAUGCAUGGAGCUUGCCCCUUUGAAGCGCACGCCCAAAGUCCUUCAAAAGGGCGAAACUGCCAGUGUAAUUUGAAUUAGUGAUGAUGCAGAACCUAAUCGUUCUAUCGUAUAGUUAGAUUGUAAGCUGGACGGUCUAUUUCUAAAUCGACUAUCUUGGUUCGUAUUAUAUGGCAUUUUUUUGGGUUCUAAUUCAAGAUGUUUAACCAAAUUUGUAAUUAAAAUAUAUUAAGUAUUAACAUCUACAAUAUCAAUAUAUCAACCAUGAAA